UGGAGAUCGGGAGUGCAGAAGAGACAAAGGGACCUCCGUCCCUAUCUGGAGAUUUAAGCGAGACUGCCCCACGGAAGGGAUUCAUCUACACGGGAGCUAGAGGCCACGCCACUUCGCCAUGAACCCAUGUCAACCGCUCCGCUACCAGAAAUCCCUCCUUAUAAAUAAUUCAUUACAGCCAUCGCAACAAGGAAGGAAUGAGAACUAUUCACCGAUGGCACCGUGCCUUCAAAAUCCCCGGCCAAGAUGACAUACUGGAAUUCCUUGUCCGGACAAAAAUAGAAGAACCUCCCCAUGGGUUAGAAACCGGGGUAAAAAUACAGCGCUAACCCUUCACUGUACAAUCAACACAUGUGCCCUUUCAAUCAAUUCUGGCCAUGGCAAAAAGACCGCGAGAAGAAACUACAGUGGUAAAUCUCCUCGGCUUUAACAUUUGAAAAUAUCAAGCGAGUGAAAAUCCCUUUCCGCAAGGGCACAUCUGUAUGUUGUAAAACCCACGUUUUGAGUACCUUUAUAUGACUGCUUAAUUUCCAAGCUCGUGAUUGGUCGAGGGUCGCGGGUAUAGCGUCAUGUCUAUUGUUGUGGUGCAGCCAGCCAAUGAGGGCGCGCGGAUCGAUUCUACGGACAGCCUCAUUCGUAUGCAGGAGCAAGAAGCCUCCGACGCCUGCGCGACUGCUUCGUAUAAAGACUCAAGAAUGGAGCGUGGGGUUACUGGCAACACCAAUACGUUCUACCACCAUGAAAUGGAGACACAGAACAAGUAUGGCGCCACCCCGCGAGAACUAGGUCUGACCAGUCUGAGGGGGAAGGGGCGGCCGAAGACGAGCACCUCGGAAACACACGAAGGAGUAACCCGCGGAAGAGCAGCGGGAAGAAGAGGAGCCAGAGGAGGCGGGGCGAUCACUGAAGCUGCCGUUCCAGACGGCAUGGACGGGCAGGAGGAUAACCCAUUCGUGGAUAUAACCGCACUGAAUAAUACUAAAGUCAACGGCAGUGUACGAUCGCUGGGUUCUCCCUCACAGCUAAGGAAGCAACACUCUCAGCAGGAAGCCCAGCCCAUGCACGUCAUGAACGCGCCCGAGGUGGUGGUCUCCAGGCCCGACUCCAAACGGAAAACCAAUGUUGGGUACAGGCUUGGACACAGGCGGGCACUGUUCGAAUACAGGAAGAGAUUAAGUGACUAUGCCUUGAUAUUUGGAAUGUUCGGCAUCAUUGUGAUGGUCAUAGAAACGGAGCUGUCAUGGUCGGUGUACUUAAAGACAUCGUUCUACUCUACGGCUUUGAAAUGCCUUAUAACGUUCUCCACCAUCAUUCUUCUGGGGUUGAUCCUGGCCUACCAUAUCAGGGAGAUCCAGCUUUUCAUGGUAGACAACGGCGCAGAUGACUGGAGGAUAGCCAUGACGUUUGAGAGAGUGUUCUUCAUUGCGCUGGAACUUCUAGUCUGUGCAAUACAUCCUAUUCCUGGUGUCUGGAUGUUCACAUGGACAGCUCGCUUGGCCUUCUCAGGCGCCGUAUCAACGAAAGAAGCCGACGUCGACAUCCUCCUCUCUAUACCCAUGUUCUUGAGACUCUACCUAAUCGCCAGAGUCAUGCUGUUGCACAGUAAACUCUUCACAGAUGCUUCUUCCAGAAGUAUCGGAGCCCUGAAUAGAAUAAACUUCAAUACGCGCUUUGUUCUAAAAACGCUGAUGACAAUAUGUCCAGGGACCGUCUUACUGGUAUUCACUGUCACACUCUGGAUAAUAGCGGCCUGGACAACGACAGCCUGUGAAAGGUAUCAUGAUCAGAGUGAUAUGAAUAGUAACUUCUUGAACGCCAUGUGGCUGGUAGCGAUUACCUUCCUAACCGUGGGGUACGGGGACAUGGUACCCAACACCUACUGUGGGCGUGGCAUCGCUCUUAUUACAGGCAUUAUGGGAGCCGGUUGUACAGCUUUAGUGGUAGCUGUCAUAGCGCGGAAACUGGAGCUCACCCGCGCCGAAAAACACGUCCACAAUUUCAUGAUGGACACACAGCUAACAAAAAGGAUAAAAAACGCGGCAGCGAACGUGCUUCGAGAAACGUGGCUUAUUUACAAGUACAGAAAACUGGAUAGAAAUCAUGCCAAAAUAAGAACACAUCAAAGAAAGUUCCUUCAAGCCAUCCACCAGCUCCGAAGAGUAAAAAUGGAGAAAAGGAAAUUGUCGGACCAAGCUAACACGCUCGUGGAUCUUGCAAAGAACCCGUUCGACUCUGAUGAAAAUCAAAUGACGGCCUUCAUUUCCGUGCCUCAUAUAGAGUUCUUUCAGACGCAGUCGACAAUGUAUGACUUGGUAACAGAGCUGCACUCCAACAACCAGAGCGUGGAAGAGCGCGUGGAAAGGAUCGAGAAAAGACUGGAUGAUCUCCAAGCUGUCAUGAUGCAGUUGCCUGACCAGUUAGCCCGCAUGAUCGCAGCCACACAGGCGCACUCCCCUCACCUCCGCUCACCCCUCGGCGCAACCUCAGAACCACCGAUAGACGAACAUAUCGGACAGCGUGCCGAUGAAAGACAGUCUUCGCCCGUCAGAAGGCGAGUUUCCUCGUCCCCCGAGUCCUCUCCACCGUUCUAGUCAAACAUCGAUCGUUUCAUUAACACGUUUCUAACCUCAGGAGGUGACCGAGUCAUAGUCACAUGAUGCGACGUGCACAACAUAUCAAAGCAAGCUCACAAUGACGACGUCAUCAGUUCGGGUGUAUGAUGUCGCACAAUAGUGCCAGCUGCGUCACGACUCCGAGCGGAAAGGAAACACGACAAGCAGAGAGGAAGAAGGUGCUUCGCGUCGAAGCGAAACGAGCAAGGUGUUUAGGCUAAAACUCCUGAUGAAAAAAUGAUUCUGAUGACUUUUCAGAACACGUGCCUCCUGUCUAUCAUGGCUGUCAACGCACUUGCAUUUCAACCGCUCCAAGGGACACGCAGUCAUUCAUCUGUUCCGCCAUCUGCAUCAUCUUCUUCUCGGCAUCACCGGGCCGACUCUGAGGAGAGUGUGUGAACAUCGCGGCGGGCAGACGCACGGAGGAACAUGCAUGCCAAGAGCAGGAUGUCCAGCGAGAGGCAAGGAAAGUCAGUUCUUGCAAAUGAGCCAUCGAUUUCUGUAGACCAACCGACGAGAUGAAAACAUCAAAGGGCGAGAGACUAUCAGGCACCCAUCAUGUCAUCGGCGUGCAAUAAAGAACAUUGGCCAGGAAUAUACAGGUCAACGGGGGCUCGUCGCCGAGAAAAAAAGUGGUCAUGUCGACAUUAUCAUCGAGCAUUUAUCCAACUUGAGGAACUAUACACAGAGAAUAUAACCAUUUACAUACUAUGCCAACAUGUACAAUCGCUCUUUCACACGAAUGAAGAAAGUGAUAUUUUUGUUAGACUAUGCUGCUGGAAAACGCUAAACGAUCCACUGAAAAACACUAUCGGAUCAGAUGAUGAUGAAGUGAUCCGUGGAACCUAAACCCGACUGAUCGGACAGGCAUGUCGGAGGAUGUCCUCUAACGAUUAACAGUUUAAAGGAUUGUUGCUUCCUAUAUUAUACCGUAGAAUUAUACUAGAAAUACGAUAGCCUUCACGUACUGAUAUGAAGGAAACGCGUUUACUAUGCAAAUGAUCCAGUAUGGUGAUGAGAUGCGGAAUUUUACUAGAGGUUUCUAUAUGCUUUAGUUGUUUCUGCUGGCGACACUGUUCAAUGUACUAUAACACAUGGCUUCUGUUGUUUUGUAGUUGUCGGUAUAGGACUGACAUGGACUAAUGUAUUGGCGUAAUGUUUCUUUUUCUGUCGUAGAACGUAGCGAAAUGAUGAUUAUUUGCCAUGUAAUGUAGUGCAAGCAGACCUGCGGUUGGGCAGUUAUAGGCGACCUCUAGCGAAAACGAGACACAUUGUCGCGAGAAUUCAGACAAUCAUAGGGACGGUAGCUGUUGUGUCACCAAACUUGUCCAACACAUCCUUGUGGAGCAAUGAACAUAUAGAUUUUUUUUCGGUCAGGUUUUGUUGGAAGGAAAAUUCUGUGUAUAAUAUCGCCAAUCAAAUCGACUUGGAAGGCAAUAUGCACAUAUACCAAACGUAAAGACGUAUUAGAGAAAGUUAUACGUUAUACAUAUAUUCAUCGUGACAAAAAUUCUUAGUAAAUAUUGUGUCAAGACGAUAAGAGUAAGGUACAAUUAAAGUGAAGAAUAUUUUUAGAUCGGGGCAUAUUUGCAUUGUGAUCAGUGAUCAAACGUGCACUAUCGAUACGUGACAUUGACUAGCAGUGGGACAAAGCCUGACAGCUUCGGCUACUCCAGUCGUGCAACAUUACCGACAUAUCCAGAAUUGAUCCAUGGUUUUCAUCUUACAGGUGCGAAGAAUUCGUGUAUAGCUGAAUGAGUAAGAGAUACGAUUGCGAAUUGUGAAUCUUAUUUUACAGUACUCAAGAUCCGGAGAUUAUGGUCAAAGUCUUUCAUUGAAGUUGUAAAUCACACAUUCUCAAUUCAUUAUUUGGUAACAUCGCUAUUCCAUUAACACGCGAUGGUCAACUUGAAGUUACCUUUCGUGCGUAUGUGUAUAUGUGUGCGCGCGUGUGUGUGUGUGUGUGUGUGUUUGUAUGUGCCUG